CUUUCAGGAAUGCUGCAGAACGGAAAGAAGUUCGAUUCAUCCAGGGACAGAAAUAAGCCUUUUAAAUUCAGGUUAGGACGGCAGGAAGUGAUCAAAGGAUGGGAUGACGGCAUUGGGCAGAUGAGCUUAGGUCAGCGUGCAAAGUUGACCUGCACACCAGAUGUUGCCUACGGAGCCACGGGCCACCCAGGAGUCAUCCCUCCCAAUGCUACCCUGAUCUUUGAUGUGGAGCUUAUGAAGAUAGAGUGACCAUGUAAAAGGGCGGGCAGACAAGAGAUCUCCAAAACCGUUAAUCUCCUCUUCCUAUCAGCUGUUGCCACCCUCACUGCUGAAGACGUUGGUGGGAUGGAGAAGAGACACUUCAGCAGUUAGGGGCCACACAAGUCUUCACACUUAACCCUUAGCACUGUCAAAGGAGACUGCAAUAGCUCAGACUGCAGCCUUCUCUGGCAACACCGUUAUGACAGGACUGCUUUAAGUGAUUUGUGGUCAAUUUAUUUAGUAAUGAUACCAGGUGAGUAGUUAGGUCCAAGAAAUGGACACAGCUGGAGCCUACUCACCUCUGACCGCAUGCUCUCCAUAGUCAUAGAUAUAGUUCUUACUUUAAGAUCAUUGAGGUCUUUCCAAAUCGGAUACAUUCCACCCAGUUACUGUACACAAGCUUUGACGAUCAAGAAAGGAAAUCAUAAGUUUGUGAUAGACCAGUGGUCUUAUUAGCGGAGCCUUCACUCGCCAAUAUCUUAGAGUCACUUAAGUAUGAAUGUGUGUAAUGCGUGGCCAGUUUGAAACCAACAAGACUUGAAAACCUCAACCACUUGACCUUAAAGUAGUCCUGUUCACGGCAGCUAAAAGAGGCAGUCCCAAAAAGCCACAAUCAAAUGACAACACUAACUUAGGCGGUUGACUUCCACAAAUGAUAUAGUUACAUCAAAACUUUUUAUCUUCCCCUCAUUGCUUGAUUAAAGCUUUUAUUUAUGAAAUGCAGGCAGCACUGAAGUGGGGGGCAAUGUCUCUGCUAAUUUAUUAAAGCAGCUGCUUUAUAUUAACUUAUGCAUCAGGAGAAAAACAAAUGUUUACUAUUUCUGGGACACAGUUCCAGUUUGGAAUGGUGGGAGGACAGCAGAAACACCAGAAUUGGUGGUAGCCACUUCCUGUUUUCAUAAACGCCAUUUAUGUUUUAGUAUUAUUUAGUGUUUUUUCUUCCUUAUUUAUAUAUAUAUAUUUGUAUAUAUACAGUACCAAACGAGGAGACACAGUUGUACAGUAACAGACAGAUUAACGAGUUGUAUGAAUAUUUUAUAGAGACAUUGCGCCACAGGUGAUCUAAAAAGAAAUCUUUUAGAAAAAUGCCACUUGGUGCUAAAGGGACUGCCUCUUUAAAGGGCCUAAUAAAAUCUAUUUAAGUUCUGUUGUUUUUUUUUUUCCUAUAAUCCUAUCAAAGUAUCUUCCCAGAUCUUGGCCUCAGCCCAGAAAAAAUAAAAACAACAACAAAAAGAAAAAAAAAAAAAAAAAAAAAAAAUUGUUCAAACGCUCCAAUAAGGGGCUUUCAUUGCUGUUAUUGUCAUUUUACUUUUUUUAGUUGUGUUUGUGGAUUUUUUCUUUGUCUUGAAGCUUAAAAACUGUGUUGCUUUCCAGGAAGAUAAGCAAAGAACAAAACUGAUUCAGCAAUCACAAAAUCACCAAAAAAAGAUCAAAAAACAAAACAAAAACAUACAACAAUCACAAAAAAUUUAUAAUAAUAAUAAUACAACAAACACCGGGAAAAAAACAUCUGCUACAUUGGCAAUUACACUAUUUCUAAGUUGUACAUUUUGUUUAAGCACUGCCUUCCAGAUGGUUUCUGUCACAAGCGCCCAGCGGGGGCAGCCAUUUUGUCAGGUGAACACACAAGUAGACAUACUGGGAUGGACACCCAUCGUUUUGGAAUGUAAAAGCAGGACACUGAUGUGACAAGAAGUUUGCUCAGGGUCCAAAAUCUUUCCCAUGCUUUAUUUUAGAUGGCAAGUAAGCUAAAUCUGUAAUAGGGGCCUGUUCCAAGUUAGUAAAAGUCCAUGAAGGGGGUUUAAAUGAAGCCAAAAGAUGAAAUGCGAGGUAAAGAUUUAGGGUUUGGGGAAAAAAAGGUACUUUCUAUGGGAAAUCUAUUCAAAUCCAUCCAUUAGAAUUUGUGCUAUCAACUCGUGCUUCGUGCUACAGUGAUCUCAAAAGUCCGUAGUGAAUUUGGUUCAGCCCACAAAAUGGCCACCAUCUGUUCUCUGUGUGGAAAAUAGGUACAGGUCAAUUUUGGGGUUAAAAGCUGUGCAGGGCUGUCUGGAAGUAAGAUUUUAUAAUUUGCAUUUGACAUAGCUCACCCAAUAAAUAAAUAAAAAAUAAUAAUGUAUUUUAAUAAAGUAAACAGCCCACUGCCUUACAGUACACUUAGGGAAGGAGGUGCUCGGAAAUAUCUGCGCGCAUUCUGUGCACAAAUGGGCAUUAGCUAAUGGUUACCUGCUGUAUCACACUGACUCAGUCCUGUAUGUCUUGCUUGCUGCUAAUCUAAACAAAGAAGCCUCUCCUUUAACUUCGUAUAUACAGAUCUAUAUAUAUAUAUAUAAGAGAAAAAAAAUAAAUUUUAAGAAAAACCUCACUGUU